GACCACAAACCACCACCACCGCCUUCUUCUAUCCUUCUAUCUUCUGGUCUCGCUCUCUCUGGGACCAAAGUCGAACACCUGGACCCGGGAAGCAUGUCUCUCCUCCCGACACCUCCUCAUUCCACUCUCACCGUCACCUCCACCAUCCCCGCCUCCACCACCUCUCUCGCCGCCCCCCGCCCCGCCGUUAUUCUUCCCGGACUGGGGAACAACACCGGGGACUACAAGGACCUGGUGUCGACGCUUAGGGAGGUGUACGGCGUGCCGUCGGUGGUCACCAAGGUCUCUCGCGUCGACUGGCUCCGCAACGCCGCCGGAUUGCUCGACCCCAACUACUGGAGGGGCACCCUCCGCCCGCGGCCCGUCCUCGACUGGUACCUCGAGAGAGUCGACGAGGCCGUGGCCGAGGCUAAGCAGCUCUUGGCAGAUGAUGGGAAGAUAUCGCUUAUAGGUCAUUCGGCAGGAGGAUGGCUUGCGCGUCUGUACUUGGAAGAAUUUGGGGCAUCUAACAUCUCCUUGCUUCUAACUCUUGGAUCCCCUCACUCGGCACCACCGAAGGGUUUGCCUGGAGUCAUCGAUCAAACCAGAGGCCUGCUGGAUUAUGUUGACAAAAACUGUGCACCCGCUGUUUAUACACCAGAACUAAAAUACAUAUGUUUCGCCGGAAGGUAUAUCCGAGGAGCUCGUUUGGUUGGCAAUUCCAAGGACACUUCCAAUAAUUUGAAUCCAGUUGAUGAGGAGCCAAAUGAUUCUGAGUUGAUCAAAGAUAAUGGCAACAAGAAGUCACUCUCAGCUACCCCCAAUUUACGCGCUCGAUUUAUCGGUCAAGGUUAUAAGCAGGUGUGUGGAGAAGCUGAUGUUUGGGGAGAUGGUGUUGUUCCUGAAGUGUCUGCGCAUUUAGAAGGUGCACUAAAUAUCAGCUUGGAUGGUGUGUAUCACUCUCCGGUGGGAUCUGAUGACACAACGAGGCCUUGGUAUGGUUCUCCAUCUGUGCUUGAGAAAUGGGCACAUCACCUUUUGACUUAAUUACUUGAUUGGAGAAAGAAUAGGAAGAAACUGUUCUUCCUAGCAAUAUUUGUAACAUGAAGAUUUUUCUCCAUUGCAAUAUUCAGUUAAGUAUCAGAGUGCUUUCACUA